GUUCAGUGAACGCACCACCGCUGUCUGCUCUCUAGUUACAGUAUGGCGGCUGGGACUUGCGGAGGAGGACAACUUCUUCUAGAUUCCUUCCACAAAACUGUUGGAAGGCGACGGCAUUAAUAUAAAACUUAUAGCGGCAACCACGAGGUACACUGCAACAGACAACAGCGGCAUAACUUGUGUUUCUUACUGGGGCUUUCCCCAGAAAAUAAUCGGACUGGUGUGUGAUGCGUGAGGACCCGCAGUCAAGAAACUCCCCUGAUUUUUCCGCGUCGGUUUCUGCUCUGACUGUCAGUUAGCCGGCUAGCUGCUAGGUAGCUCCCUUCAAUGCUAACGCUCGCCUGCAGAACUCUAUAUUAGCAAAAAGAAGCGCUAGCGUGUUGCUUUUAUUUACUCCAGGUGACAGGGAUGGUAUAUCGUAUCCAUUCGGUAAGCGGACUGGUUGAAAAAGAUGGGGAGAAAAAAUUUGUGGACCUGGACGAUAACUUUGUCAGUACUCAUUAGCCUAGCCUAGCUUAACCUAGCGUUCUAGUACAACGCCAGAAGAGAGUUAGCGCUUCGCCUGUCCACCAGCGAGUUAGCCAAUUAGCAUUUUAGUUGCACAAGACGGCCAGAUAAUCCUCCCCUGUUCAUCCCGGUGGAUGGUUUUGAAACGUCUCCGCUGACUAAUUCAGACGAAGAGUGGGCACUGAGCUGCUUUAGUUUUAUAACUCAGGGGUGUUUUGGCGUUCGGGCUCGCUAGGUGUUCUCUGGUAGAGGGAGUGGUGAAGGUAGGGAGAUAGGAAGGUAGCUAAGGUUCCCUGCAUCAGGGCAACAAGGUCACUCAGAUUAUGAAGAGCCAUACAUGUCAACUACACUUAUAGAUGACACUUUAGUAAAUGACAGACGCGUGUGUGUUGUGUGUAUGUGUGUAUAGGGUGAUGAACGCUGGGGUGUGUGCCUGCUGUUAGCUUGCUGCAAGAGAAGACAACACAGCUCAGAAGCGCGCAAUAAUUGGACCUACUGCUCUUGAUAGACGUUAAACAGACAGUUUAGUCAGCACAGAAGGAGUUUGAUGGACGUGAGGGGCUGUCAGUGCUAUACUCACUUAUGUAUGUCUUGACACAUGGCAGCUUGGUCUGUACAUAGUGCCUGCUGUCACAUAUAAGCGUCGUUAUGUAGCUUCGGUGGGCAGUCAGUGAGGGGAAUGUCCUGUCUUUUUUUAUACCUGUUGGUUUGUUUUUUAUUUCUCAUACACGAGAGAGGACCAUGUUUACUAGUUAGUGCCUAGAAGAUUAGAGGACUAACAUUUCAGCCUACAGAUAGGCCGCAGAUAUCGUAGAUUAUUCCUAUUUUUUUUGGAGGAGGGACUGCACCAGAAAAACCUGCCACUCUGGAUCAAGAAAACUUGCCCCUCGUCUCUGGUUGGAGUAAUACUCUCAAGCCAAAAUCAAUGCCUUCAGCGCUGGCAAUAUUCGCCUGCCGACCCAACUCGCACCCAUUCCAGGAGCGGCAUGUGUACCUGGAUGAGCCCGUCAAGAUCGGCAGGUCGGUGGCUCGGUGCCGGCCAGCCCAGAACAACGCCACCUUCGACUGCAAGGUGCUGUCCAGGAAUCACGCUCUGGUGUGGUUUGACCACAAGACUGGCAAGUUCUACCUGCAGGACACUAAAAGCAGCAAUGGGACAUUCAUCAACAGCCAGAGGUUGAGUCGUGGCUCGGAGGAGAGUCCGCCCUGUGAGGUCCUCUCCGGCGACAUCAUCCAGUUUGGCGUCGACGUCACUGAGAACACACGCAAAGUCACCCAUGGCUGCAUCGUGUCAACAAUCAAACUCUUCCUACCUGAUGGGAUGGAGGCACGCCGACGAAGCGAUGUCAUCCAGCCUCCGUUACCACUACCUAUAGACAAGGUUGCAGCCAACACUCCCAGUAUGUAUUCUCAGGAACUGUUCCAGCUUUCCCAGUAUCUACAGGAGGCCUUACACAGAGAGCAGAUGUUGGAGCAGAAGUUAGCCACUCUGCAGCGUCUGUUAGCCACCACUCAGGAGGCCUCAGAGAGCAGCUGGCAGGCAUUGAUUGAUGAGGACCGUCUUCUCUCCAGGCUGGAGGUGAUGGGCAGUCAGUUACAAGCUUACUCUAAGUCCCAGACAGAGGAAGGGAUCCGUAAGGAACUCUUGGCUCUUCAGGAGGACAAACACAACUACGAGACAACGGCAAAGGAGUCUCUGAGGAGAGUUCUGCAGGAGAAGAUUGAGGUGGUCAGGAAGCUGUCAGAGGUGGAGCGCACGCUCAGUAACACCGAGGACGAGUGCACCCACCUGAAGGAGAUGUCUGAAAGGAGUCAGGAGGAGCUGAGGGAGCUCGCCAACAAGUACAACGCGGCCGUUAAUGAGAUCAAAGAGCUCACUGACAAAAUUAAGGCUGCAGAGGGAAGACAAGAGGAGCUCACUCAGCGGGGCGCGACAGAGAAGAGGGAGUGGGAACUACGGAUUGAGGAAAUGGAGGAGAAGGAGCAGGUUCUCCAGGCUCGCAUCGAGGCUCUGCAGGCAGACAAUGACUUCACCAAUGAGAGGCUCGCUGCCCUGCAGGUGCGGUUAGAACAGCUACAAGAGAAAAGCAUUAAAGAGAACAACAGUCUGGAUGUCGUCACUGUCCCCCACGGACCAGUAGAGGAGCUUGUCGAGGACAGAGAUUCCAAACAGCAGAUACGCGAGAGCCAGGAGGAAGACGAUGAUGAGGAGGAUACAGACACCGAUGAUGGUGCAGUUGGGGAAGAUGAAGAUGCUGAUGACAACUGUCAUGUUAACAACAGCGGAGGAGACUCGACUAGAAUCCAACAAUUGAUUGAGUGUCCGCCCGUCAAACAGCUAAAGGAGACCGUCAGUUCUUCAAUCGAAAAACUGGCCAACUUUGAUGAAGUGAUGGAUGCCCACUUACAGAACAACCAGACGGCAGGAGAUGACAUCCUGACCAGCCCUGAUCGACUUAAAGGGAAUCAGAUGGAUGCCAAAGAGUCAGACAUGUCCGACACUCUGAGUCCCAGCAAAGACCGCAGCAGUGACGACACGUCAGAUGGAAACAUGAACGACCAAGAGCUGAAUGAACCUCAGAACAGAGUAGCUCUGCUCAAAGAUGAGCUACAUCGGGCCGGUCUAGAGCCUGGAGACACGGAGCAGGUCAUCCACCAUCUCCACAGAGAGCUUCUGGAGGCCCAAGAAUUAGCCAACACCGGCAAGCAGAAAUGUCUAGAGCUACAAGCUCUGUUGGAGGAGGAGAGGAGGAGUAACUCUCAGCUGACUGAGGAGUCGACCAAACAGAUCCAGUUCUUGCAGACUCAGCUUGGGAAGCUUCAGGCUGACAUGGAGGCACUGAGGGAGCAGAGGGAGAGCACCAUCUGCAGCACCAGAGAGGAGCUUUACUCUGCCCAGGAGGAGAUUCUUGUCCUGCGACACGCUAUGGAGGCGGCCACGGCGGAUCGGGAGCGUGAGAUCACUGUCCUGCAGGCAGACCUGGUCAGUGUGCGCUCCGAGCUAGAGCACUGGAGGAACACAGCCGCCAAAUACGAGGAGGAGAUCGCCCGGCUGCAGGAGGCCUUCACGCAGCAGGAACAGCAGCAGACCGCUACCAGCGAGCUGCAGGCGGAGUGCACUGCAUUGCACCAGCGGUGUACGUGUUUGCAGCAGGACUGUGAUGGCCUGAGAGCUGAGAGGAAAACACUCACAGAAAAACUGCACCGCCUGGAGGCUGAGCUGAGCAGCACCAGGGAGAAGAGUCUGGUCCUCAGCAGCAGUCUGGAGUCUCUGGAGAAGAGGGAGGAGGUUUUGCAGGACAAACUGGGUUCUCUGGAGAAUCAGCACCUGCAGGACGCGAGCAGGCUAAAGAGCCAGCUGGACCAGGCCCAGGCCCACACACACACACUGCAGAAAGAGUAUGAAGACACACAGUCCCAGCUAUCUGAUCUCCGUCAGCGUUAUGAGAGAACAGAGCAGGAGAAGCUGAACAUCCACCAGGAGCUGGAGCAGUGCAGGAGCAGCCUCAAGCUGCUGCAGGACAAGUCCAGCUCUCCAUCCAUAUUGCAGCCUGUCCAAGCCAUAUUCAUGGGCCUUGUCCUGGCUCUGCUCUACUGGUGUUUCGGCCAGUUGUGGUAGAAAGAGCGGCUGGAGCCCCUGGAUGCCGGUCGUUGCAGUGAUGGUCGCCGUGACGGCCGCCGUCCUCUACCCCAACCUCUCCAAGAGCAGCUCCACCUAGGACACAAAACACAAGCGAACACACACAUGGAGCGCCGUGAGG